UGACGGAGUAAGCCGGCCCCCCUCCGCGGGGCCCUCCCUCGGGUGAGAGUGUACGUGCGGGCCGACGAGCAGUGAUGGCGGACAGGCAGGGCAGAGUUUCCUCAUUCCUUUGAACCCUGACUCCAGAAGAGGAAAAACAAAGAAGCCCCGGGUUUAUUCCACUGUUCGCGACGGAGCCCGGAGUCGACAUAAGCGCCUGUUUUCAGCGUCGGUGUGUGGUGAUUUACCCGCAGCAUGAGGAUGCCACCGGCAGAGGCAGCAGCCGGCGGCCUGAAGCAGUGCCGGCAGGCCCAGGGUCAGCUAGACGACGCCAUCAACGGCGUGAUGAAGGCUGAGCAGCAGCUGAGAGAAAAUGCCCGAGAGGUGCGUUCGGAGCUUCAGAGCUGUGUGAGCCGUCAGCAGGAGGCGCUGCGCUGCAGAGAGGUGUGGCUGCUCGGUCAGAUCGAGCUGCUGGAACAGCUGAAGAUGGAAACCCUGCAGCAGCAGCUGCACCAGCUGCACUGGCUCAGAGGUCAGUUUGAUGUGAUCGCUCAUCAGCUGCAGAACUCCAACAGCAGCAACGACCUGAACAACCAGCUGACCAGCUGCAUGGAGAAGUUGUCCUCACUAAGCCUGACACCUGAGGAAACCCCUGAGAUGAGUUUCCACGCCGACACUCGCUCUCUGAGGCAGGCCAUCACCUCGUUUGGCAGCAUCACUGCACAGCUUGUGGAGGGUGUGUCCUCUCAGAGCCCUGACCCCCAGAGAGGUCAGGGGCAAAGCUGUCCAAUGGCAGCCAAGACACAGAAGACGGAGGUCGGGUCUCUGGGCGACUGGUUGUUGGGAACUCGUCAAACCAGCGGCACUCUUAUUGGUUACCAGUCCAGCAGGAACCCUCAGGAUUGGCUGAUGUCACACAAGGAGAGCAAGACUUCCUGUCCCAUCCUGGCCUCUGUGGACUUCCUGCAGGCCUGGGGUCAGCUCAGGGACCUGGAGGCGUGGUUGCUCCAGGACCAGAUGCCCGUCGGCAGGGAGAGGACCAGCAGCAGCUGCAGCUCCUCCUUCUCCAUCGAGAAGAUCGAUGAAUCAGAGUUCGCCGUCGCCCCCGAGGAGGAGGAGCUGAGCGACUGGCUCAUCGCCCCUCCCACCAUUGCCAUGGAGACCAUGUCAGAUGCAGAGCGGUGGCGGCAGGUGUUGAAGCCUUUUGAGGACGGCUGGUCAUCCAGCGAUUGGCUGGCCGGCUCGAGCCGCCCGGCCGCCGACUGCUCAUCCUGCUGCCAGACCGCCAGGGCCGUGGAGAUCGAGAACCUGGGCCAGCUCAAGUGCCUGAAGACCCCGCCCGCCUCCAGCCCCAUCUCCCCGCCCCCAGCUGUGACGGCCCUGGAGGCGUGGCUGCAACAGACGGUGCCGGUGCAGCAGAACUGCAGGGCCAACGAGCUCUGCUCCACCUACUCCGAGUGUGUCUGUGAGGAGAACUGUGGGAAAGAAGCUCUGAGCUUCUGGCUGCUCCAACAGGACGGACGGGACAAGAACGGAGUCCCCGUGGCCAAGAACGCCCUGCCCACAGACAAGAACGCCCCCCCCUCCGUGAAAACUGCCCCAUCCACACCGUACUGCAGAGAGCAGGAGCAGAAGGUUCACGCCAUCCUGGAGGCCUGGCUCCACCCCACCAACUCCACCUCCACCACCUCCUCCUGCAGGACUCCUCUACAGGUUUUCAGCUCCUCCCUCUCUGGCUGUGUGGUUCCUGAGGAGGAGAAGGCCAGCAGGGAGGACCACAGCACCCAGUUCAAGUCUCCCUCUUUCUCCUCCCCCUCCCCAUUCCAGCUUCCUCUGAAUCCAGACCUGUGGGUCCUCCCAGGAAAGACUCUGACUCCUGCUCCGGGGUCAGGAGGUCAGCACAGCCCAGCUGAAGAGGAGGACAAGUGGCUGCUGAAGAAGAGGAGUCAGGCUCAGGAGCGCCUGGUGUUACCUACGGUCUGUGACCUGUUCUCCUGCAUGAAGGUGGGCGGAGACAAAGAAAAAUGGCUGCACAAAGCUCCUAUACAGAUGUGACGAUGACAUGACGAUGACUCUUCUUCUUCUGCUCACUUUAUUGCUGAUCAGCGCACACGACUACAAUGAUCUAUCCAAUGCCACCUUCUUCCUGUGACAUCAUGACGCGGAGCCACGCCUCUCCUCCAAUCAGGAUCAGAACAAUCAGGAGGCAGACUGUGGGGAUUAAAUAAUAUGAGCUCAAGCUUAAAGCUGUGUAAGAGCUUUCAGCCACGUCUCUCUGUCUUCAUCUGGAGGAAUAAAGUGAUGUGGCUGAAAGCUCAGGAGCCUGUUUCCUGUCUGAUCAUCCGAAGAGUCGCCUCAGUUCAUUUACCUGAUCAGUUAUUGAUCAGUUAUUAAAGUCACUUUCUAAACAAAAACA